AUGGAGACCGCUGAAAAGGCUCAUAGAACACCGCGUUUCGGCUCUGCUCGUUCUUCCGCUCUAUCAAUGGCAACGCUUUCACCAGCAGCACGUCGAUUGGCUUCGAAUAAACUUGGCAUACGUUUGCCGUCGUCUGCCCACCAUCUGCGCGUACUUACGCCCACCACAAGAUUGGCCAGUUCACGGUUGACUCCCGGUGUGCGAUUGGGUUCGAAUACUCCACCUGGCAAGGAGGCAUCCGAGCUUGUAGUGAAGAAGGCGAAACCAGCACCAACGUCUUCGAUCACCGACAACCUGAUGCCAGUGUCCACCGAUGAGAGUGGGACAUCCACACGUCCCACCGCGGGUGAUUUCUUUUAG